CCAGAGCACCCCCAGAACCUCCCCGAGACUUACCUCACCACCUGAGCAACCUCCAACCCAGCACCCUCUCCAGGAGCUCACGCCACCCGGACCAUCCUCUCUACCUGUCGUGGCGUCAUGUCGCAGGCCGCGAGACCCGUUCUCACGGAGGAGGAGAAGGAGGCUGCCGACAAGGCCAAGUGCCACGACAUCAUCCACAAGCGGCCCGAGUCGUACAACCCCAAGACGUACGCCAAGGCCGCGAGCGCCGCCGCCGCGAUGGUCGCCGACCUCAAGAACAAGUUUGACGAGCACAAGGUGGAGAUGAACGCCAAGUUCGACGAGUUCAUCGCCAAGUCGACCGCGUCGGCUCCCACUGGUGGGCCGCCCGAGUGCAGUGAGUGAGUACACCCCCUCCUCCCUCUCCCCUCCCCCUUUCCUUUUCCCUUUUUCUCCUGUCGCUUGAGCUUGAGUAGUGUCCCGUCCUCGUUGGUACCAUAACUGCAAUUGCCUUUUCCUUCU